AUGGUCUACUUUCAUGCAGUGACCAUUGUUGGACUGGUGGCUGUUGUCCUGGUGGCAUCCUCGCUGGCAUCCCAGCCACCUCCGCCGCCGCACACUCGGCCGCCUCGGCUGGCCCUCUGGCCACACAUGAGCCAUCCGGUCCAUCUGGUGCUGGAUGAGCUUCCGGCAGAACGGGCGCGGGCUGACCGUCGCUUCUACUGGGAGAACUACGAUGUGGAGGCGCUGGUGGAAGGGCUGGGAGCAGAGUCGUGUCACGGGCUGGAAGUCAUCCAUGUCGAUGAGCUCCAGGCGGAGCUGGAGGCCAUGGGCGAUGCCGAGGCUGAGCUCGACUACGUCCGCGCAAACGUCCCCAUCGUUAUCCGUGGUGCCAUGGAUAGCUGGCCCGGGUUGGGCAAGUUUGAUCUCGCUGCCAUGGAGGAGGCUUAUGCUAAUGACCAGCUGGUGGUGCAGGACGCGCGGAGGAAGGGGACCGUCCGCUUCAAGGACUACCUUGAGUACAUGGCCGACAACGGCGAUGCCAACCCGGCGUACGCCUUUGACGCCCCGUUUUUGGCCUCGCAUCCCGAGCUAGGCGAGGCGUACAUGCGUCCGCCGGGCCUGCGGCGGAACAUGUGGGAUGGAAUGCCCGACGGACUGGCGCCCGACUGGCGAUGGCUCCUCAUCGGGCCGCCGCGCUCGGGCUCGGCCUUUCAUACCGAUCCGUUCAACACCUCGGCGUGGAAUGCACUGGUAUCGGGCCGCAAGACGUGGGCUUUUUAUCCGCCGAAUGUGUACUCGCCGCCCGGCCUGUAUGGCACCGAAAUGCCCGGCCUCUCCACCCGGUUCUGCGCCCCGUCAGAGUCGUGGGGCGGGCCACAGGAGUGCUCGGCCAUCUCGGCUCUUGAGUGGUUUGCGAAGACCGCGCCGUUCCUUGCCGACCAGCACGCACCCAUCUACUGCGACCAGCGACCGGGUGACAUCCUCUACGUUCCUCAAGGCUGGUGGCACGCCGUCCUCAAUGUCGAGCCGUCGGUAGCCAUCACCGAGAACUCGAUCAAUGUCGACAACGCGCGCGACAUGCUCGAGUCGAUGAAGCGUGCCGCGCUGCACGACUCGGGCUACGUCCGCGUCCUCGCCGCCUUUCUCGACCUCUGGACUCCGCGUUUUCCGGAUCUCUUCACCGACGCCGACCGCGCCUUUGUGGAGCACUAUGCGCCUGAUGACGCGCCGCCACCGACCCACGCCUCAGCCUAUGCAGGCACGCCGUCAUCUCGUUGGCGGCGCAAGCGCAAGCGCAAGCGCACUUGA